AUGAAGAUUAAUAGAUUCGCCACUGCGAUACUCGUUCUUCCGUUCUUCACUGCUACCGCCGUGGUACUUAACAUCCGAACGUCUCCCACGCGCCUUACCGGCAACUCAUUUGGAAUACCUGCGCAGAACUCGACUUUUGACUAUGUCAUCGUUGGCGGUGGAACUGCCGGCUCUGUUGUGGCUGCACGUCUUGUGGAAGAUUCUAACGUAUCGGUCGCGGUCAUAGAGGCGGGAGGUUAUGCGGAUCUAGUGAACGGAAACCUGUCACGGGUGCCAGGAUAUUCUGAUAGAUUUGAGGACACAGAUGGCGGUGAUUGGGAGAGUGGUAACAGGCAGCCCGGCAUCGACUGGGGUUUCGUGAGCGCACCGGAGGUGGCUCUUGGUGGGAGGAAGAUACAUGAAGCGCAAGGGCGAAAUCUAGGUGGAAGUUCUGUCCGCAAUGCACUGAUUUACCACCGGGGUACAUAUGGCUCCUAUGCACAAUGGGCUGCCCAAGUGGGCGACGACAGCUUCGAGUAUGAUAACAUGCAGCAGUACUUCGAAAGAAGUAUCAAUUUCAAUACCUCGAACCUGCAUCUGCGCGAGGCAAACGCGUCGGUGUCUUGGAACCCGAAUAGCUAUAACAGGCAAAAUGGACCACUGCAGCUCUCAUUUCCCAGCUUUGGGUGGCCAUUUAGUACCCACGCUUCAAAUGCCUUCAGUUCUAUCGGCAUGAAUGCCAUGCUAGACCACAACAGCGGUCAGCUUGACGGACACGCAUGGGUAACCUUCACGCAGUCUCCAGAUGGCGUGCGUAGCUCGGCUGAGACAUCCUUUCUCAGCCAGGCAUUUCAGACAGCUGGUCUCACGGCAUUCAUCCAGUCGCGGGCGACAAAAAUUUUGUUCGAUGAGCAACAGAGAGCGACAGGCGUGCGAGCGGAUUUCAUAGAUUUAGAGUUUGAUGUAUUUGCGCGCAAAGAGGUGAUCGUCGCUGCUGGUGCAAUUAAUUCUCCUAAACUUCUCAUGCUUUCUGGUAUUGGGGCUUCAUCUACGCUUCAGCAACACAACAUCCCUGUGCGAGUCGACCUUCCCGGAGUAGGACAAAACAUGUGGAAUAGUGCUCAGGUCGGCGGAAUCUUGCACGAAGUGCCCCUGGCAACCACAGCUCUCCUCGAUAACAGCACGUUCGCGGCUGAGCAGGAAUCUCUAUAUAACGAGGUUGGCGCAGGCAUGCUCACUAAUUCUGGCCCCGACUACAUAGGCUGGGAAAAGGUUCCAGCCGCCCAACGAGAUGCCUUGGGGUCCAUUGCGCUGGGGCAGCUCUCAGCAUUCGCUGACGACUGGCCUGAACUUGAGUACCUCGCGAUCAACGGUGCAGCAUUACCAAACGCUAAGCCGGGCCGCGCCUACGCAGGUUUUGGUGUUACUUUAGUCGCGGCACUUUCCCGCGGAAACGUGACACUCGCAUCUGCAAACCCGUUUGAUGACCCUAUCAUACAUCUUAAUUUCCUGCAAGAAGAGACCGAUCGUCGAGUUGCGAUCGCAGGAUACAAACGGAUGCGACAGGCUUGGGCGGCCGUACCUGAGUACGCAAAGGGAGUAGAGAUGUUUCCUGGGGAGGCAGUCCAGACCGACGAGCAGCUGUGGGAGGCAAUUCAGUUUGCGGCGGCACCGUCGCAUCAUAUUUCCGCAACGUGCAAAAUGGGGAUGAGAGAUGAUCCAAUGGCAGUGGUAGACUCCCAGGGAAGGGUCUAUGGCGUACGAGGCGUGCGAGUGGUGGAUGCAUCUGCGUGGCCGUUUGGCCCACCAGGCCAUACUCAGGGAUACACAUAUGCGCAUGCGGAGAAAUUUGCGGACGAUAUCAAAAAUGACGUGUGA